UUAUGUCAGCGGAGACUGAUUUUUUUUUUUUUUGCAUCAGUCGGCAUGCGCAUACCUACCGCCGCUAUGGCCCCCAGGGAGGCACGGGAAGGGCUAGAAUUGGUUGUCGCGAUUCGCAUCUGGUCAGCCUUGCAUUAAAUUAAAACAGCAAAAUCUCCUUUGCCGAAAAAGAAGGACAGGGCGUGUAAAAAUGGCUCCCAGGACUAAAGGCCGUUCCGAGGCCUCACAGGCUAGCCAAGCAGAAGACGUGGACGCCCAGAUGGAGGACGCACCCACGUCAGCCCAGCCCGACGCCGUCGAUCAGGCCGGCGAGGACUUUGACGAACCAGAGGAGGAGGAAGAGGAAGAGGAGCAGCGCGUCAAGAUGCUCCCCGGCUCAACACCCACCGCGGCCUCGUUCGAGUUCCAGAAGGAGGGCCACACCCUGGGAAACGCGCUCAGGUACAUAAUCAUGAAGAAUCCCGAGGUCGAGCUUUGUGCUUAUGCCAUCCCCCACCCCUCGGAACAUAAGAUGAACCUGAGGAUCCAGACCUAUGAUGGCACCACGGCGAUUGAAGCGCUAGAGAAGGGGCUGAGAGACCUCCAGGACCUGUGCGAUGUCGUUACCGAUAAGUUUACAGUGGCUAAGGAGGAGUUUGCAGGCCAGAUGCAAACAGAUUCGUAAUGAGCCUAGCCUAGAACUCGGCAACUUGUCUAUCCCCGGAUCCGAGUGUCAAAGAAAGGUCUUGGAGGCACGAGGGCAAUGGAAAAAAGGACCAUGGGAAAAUUGGCGUUCUAAGGCGCAACUUUGGCGGAACUUUUUUGGUAAACUCGGUGGGAUACCGGUAUUUAUGUACAUACAUAACGAGACCCUUUGUUUGGCGAUGUGCCCCUUCUAGUUGCGACCCUGAACAUGGCGUUAGCAACAAAACACGAGGGAAAGAAUAUCGAGGCCAGCCGCCGCAGCAAAGACUCACCUCGAGGAACCCCUCCAUGAAGCUCUUUGGUAGCCUCUUGUCUCCCCUGAAGUUCUCGUCCUUGAAGUACGACAUGAUGUGGGUCGU